UCGCGAUAAGUGUCAUGGCUUUUUUUGGGGGAGCUACGUACCAGAAAAGCUAAACUCCUCAAGCUUUGAGAUAAGCUUCACACGAGAGACAUGAACGUACCUCUUACAAAAGGGGCGGUUGAAGCCCUCUGCAAAGGCUUAGAUGUGGACAAGCCCGUGCUGCAGCUGCUGAACAUCCGUCAGAUCAGUAAUGCCUCAAGCCCACCCAGGUUCCGACUUAUGAUGAGUGAUGGCCAGCACUCUCUGACUUCUUGCCUGCUUGCUACCCAGUUAAACUAUUUAUCUGAAGAGAACCUCCUGGUACCAAACUGCGUGUGUUUGUUGAAAAAGACCAUCAACAACACUUUGGCUGAUGGCAGGCGUGUGGUUGUUGUUAUGGACAUGGAUAUAUUAAAGUCAGCAGAGGAAACUGGGGGGAAGAUUGGAAAUCCCACUCCUUAUAAUACAGAUGGUAAGACUUCAUCUCCACAGAAGGUGUCAUCAAGUACCUAUGUUCCAGAGUCCCCUCCGUCUGCUGCCGUGCCUGGACCCUCCUAUAGGAACUACAGUUCUCCCGGAGGCAGAGGAGGAAGUUUUAUGGGAAAAACACCCAUGAAAGCUUCUCCCAUGAAGGCCUCAACUAUAAAAGCAUCGCCCAGUAAGGGCUUAACCAUGAAGGUUUCACCCAUGAAAGCUUCGCCCAUGAAGGCCAACAGCGCUUCUCCAGCUUCUUCAGCAAAAGUGAAUCCUAUUGCAAGCCUCAACCCCUACCAAAGCAAGUGGACUAUCAGAGCCAGAGUCACCAACAAGUCAAACAUUCGCACGUGGAGUAACUCCAGAGGAGAGGGCAAGCUCUUCUCCUUUGAGAUAGUGGAUGAGAGUGGUGAAAUCAGGAUCACUGCUUUCAACAAGGAAGUGGACAAGUUUUUCUCUCUAGUGGAGCAAGGCAAGGUGUACUACAUCUCCAAGGCUACGCUCAAGCCGGCCAACAAACAGUACACCACGCUGAAGAACGACUACGAGAUGACCCUCCACGCUCACUCAUCCAUCGUGCCAUGUGAUGACAAUCAGAGCAUCCCCACAGUACACUGUGACUUUGUGCCCAUUGCAGAGCUGGAAAAUCGAGACAAAGAUGCUAUCAUUGAUGUGAUUGGAAUAUGUAAGAGUGCUGAGGAUGUAUCCCGUAUCACCACUAAGAACAGCAGAGAAGUCUCCAAGAGGGCUCUCAGCAUAAUCGACGAAACAGGCAAAGUCGUGACAGUCACACUGUGGGGCGAUGAGGCAGAAAAUUUUGAUGGCUCUACACAGCCAGUGGUUGCCAUCAAAGGAGCUCGAUUGUCUGAUUUUGGGGGAAGAUCUCUCUCUGCAUUGUUCAGUUCAACAGUCAUGGUCAACCCAGAUAUACCACAGGCCUUUAGACUGAGAGCCUGGUAUGACCGGGAAGGCUUUGCAAUCAACAGCCAGUCGCUGACAGAGACCAGGUCAGCAGGCACAGGAUUAAACAUGAACUGGAAAACACUGAGCGCCAUUAAGAAUGAAGACAUGGGCCAUGGAGAGAAGGCACAGUAUUUCAGCUGCGUGGCGACAGUGCUGUACAUUCGUAAGGAGAAUUGUCUGUACCAAGCCUGUCCAUCUGCAGACUGCAACAAGAAGGUCAUCGAUCAGCAGAACGGGCUGUACCGCUGCGAAAAGUGUAACAAAGAGUUCCCCAACUUCAAAUACAGACUCUUACUUUCUGCCAACUUAGCUGACUUCGGGGAUAACCAGUGGGUGACGUGCUUCCAGGAGACAGCUGAGGCCCUGUUGGGUCACAGCGCAGAAACUCUCGGACAUCUCAGAGACACAGAUGAAGCUGCCUUCGAUGAAGUCUUCCAGAAAGCCAACUUCACAACUCACAUCUUUAAAAACAGAGUCAAGCUAGAGACCUACAACGAUGAGAGUCGAGUAAAGGUAACUGUAAUGGAAGUCCAGCCGGUCGACCACAGAGAAUACAGCCGGAGACUCCUGCAAAACAUCUACAAAUUGGCUAGAUGAAUUUAGUCCCACCUAUUCAAAUGUCUGUCUGAUCAUUAAACGCAUCUUUCGCCAUUCUGCGACCAGUGUCCGACUUUUUCCCACCUGUGAGAUAACAGCAUAUCAGGCUGAGACAGGAGAGGGGGCGGCCAGUGAUUCAUCUAAAUGGCAGCCAAACAAAAGACUGAUAUUUAGCGGAUGACUUCCUUCACAGAGCGGAGGGAAAAAAGGAAAAAAGAUCUGAUGGAAGUGACUUCCAGCUUUAUUUUAAUGGCAAUUUAACUUUGUGUUUUCAGUUUAAAGAAUUUUUAGCGUGUCCUGCUUACAUUUUCACGUCUUACGCAUCAUGUAAAUACUAUGAUCGUAGUGUUUUCUUUUUUCUUCAUCACCGUGACUUAUUUCUUCAGUUUUGUACUGGUGAUGCUCAGUGUUAGUUGAGUAAGACGUAGAUGAGUCACAUUUAUUUAAUCUUUGUUUUUUUUUUUUGUUUUUUUCUUCAAACAGUCUUGGAAAAAAUGUGUGGGGGAUGCACGUGUUUAAGCUGCAUUCACAGCGUGCGCCUUGUUCUUAAAAGAUACCUUGGGUGUGUGUGUGUGUGUGUGUGUGCGCACGUUUGUGUUUGGUUUCCUUUUGUGCUUCCAAGAAAUGUCAGACAAGAAAAAAACAGGCAUUAAAAGGACAUUAAAA